UAGGCCGAGGCCGAGUCCUGCCAGUGCACCUUUACCAGGGUCGCCCUGCACGGAGGCGCCACGCUGAAGGUCAGCACCACCGUGGACGGGGCCCCGGUGCAGGAGGAGCUGCCCUUCACCAACCCAGGUGCAGAGGGCACCGCCGCCCGGAACUUGUCGUGCGCCAUCUACAACGGGGCCUUCAUGAACUGCACCUGGGCGCCGGGCCCUGCGGCCCCCAGCGACGUGCAGUAUUUUCUGUACCUGCGACAGCUGAAAGCUAACAGUGAAAGUGAUGAGACCGAAUGUCCCCACUACAUACAAGACUCGGGGACCCACAGGGGCUGCCACCUGCGAGACAUCUCCAAGUUGAAGUACAGAACUUUCUUCCUGGUGAACGGGACCAGCCGGGGGACGGGGAUCCGGUUCUUCGAUUUGAUCCUGUCGACAAGGGAGAUGGAGCAGAUCAGUCCCCCGGACAACAUCAGCGUCCAGUGCAACACGUCUCACUGCGUCCUCCAGUGGAACCAGCCCAGGACCAAGACCUACCUGACCUACCUGGACUUCCAGUAUCAGCUGGGCAUCCGGACACAGAACACGGAAAGAGCCGGCGGUGACAAUUCAGUGAUCAACGUCUCCGGGGAAGUGCACAACCUGUACCACCUGCCCAGCCCGGAGCCCAGAGGCCCUCACAGCCUGAGGAUCAGAGCCGCGGACUCCCGCGGGGGACCCUGGGGUCACUGGAGCCGCCCCGUGGAGUUCGGCUCCGGGGGACAGGAGGGCGGCCUCGUGCACGUCUACCUGCUCGUGGUCCUGGGGACCCUCGUCUGCGCCCUGGUCCUCGGCUUCCUGCUCAACAGGUCCCAAGGGCUGCGCAGACUCUUCCCCCCAAUCCCUCAGGUCAAAGACAAAGUGACCCCAAACGAUCAAGUGGACCACCAGAUGGACUGGGCAGCCGAGGCCACAGCGGCCAGCAAAGAGGAUCUGGAGGACGUCCUCACGGUGCAAGAAGUGAACUGAGCCGCAGGUGGGCACGGAGGGACGCGUCCACCCCCCGAGAUGUCCGGAAGUGCUCCCUCCCGUCCUCCGUCGCCCGAGUACUGACCCUCGCUCGAGAGAUUUUCUAUUUUUUUACUUUGUUUUUUGGAAGAAAAAGAUAUUUUUUCUGAUAUUUUGCAAAAAUGUCCUA